GCACAGGGACAGUGCGCGUCAGCAAAACAUCGACACAACCUGCCAGCUACCGUCGGUACAGUAACAGCGCGCGAACGACGCACCAAUGCCUUGUCCCUUCUUGCUACGCAUUUAUGUGGGCACGGGUGGGAGCCACACACAUCGGGACUACGCUUUCCUGCCCCUUGCCAUGUUCCAUCACGAGCGCACAGGGACAGUGCAGACUGAUCAUCCAUUAGCAGGCCGUUAUUGGUGUUCUGUUUGCCUACGAGUCGAAGCUUCCCCUCUUCAAACCACUGCCCAACUUCGUUGCAUACUUUCGCUCCACUGUGCAGCUCUGGGCUGACAAGCCGGGAACUUGCAUUCCCGGUAUCCUUCGUCUUGUGAUUAAUUGAUGUUCAUUGCGGACAACCAGAGCAACACCUCUGCUGCGACCGAAACACCUUCUGCCCCGGCCUCUGACAGCCAUGGCUCCGGCAAUCCUGGUGGCUCUUCGCCACCGAGACUAGCUGCUACCGAUCCAGAUCGACAAAGGGAUGGCUCAAACGUCAAGGGUCAGAGCGCUACGCCGGGCUCAGGCCGUGGCCGCGGCGGCGCAGCAGCAGAGUUAUGGCGACGGAGGUGAUGGCGCCUCGACGGGCGCUGGUGGCGGAGGCGGAGGAGGCCGUGGUGGUGGCGGCGGCCGCGCAGCCGGCGCGGGCGGCGGCGCAUGCGAGCGGUCUGGCUCGGGCACCCUGCCCAGCCCCAACCUUAACGCCUCCUCCGGCACCGGCACCGGCAGCGGCGUGGUGAAUGCCAACCACCUGCUGAACUUCCAGUACGAGUCGGCGGGGCGCGGCGGCGGGGCGGGCGGCCGGGGCCGCGGCGGCGGCCGGUCCGGCAGCUCCCGCCCUGGCGGUGGCGGCGGUGGCGGCUCAUCCUCCGCCGCCCGCCGAUACGGCGGUGGUGGCGGUGGCGGCGGGUACGGGUACGGCAGCUCCAGGCCGCAGAAGUACGACAAGAACAAAUUCUUGCAGGCCAACUUCAGAUUCAUGGUGUCAGACGCGGUGGAGGUGUCGGGCUACGAGGCGGACGCCGACAAGAUGUUUGACUGGGACGACGUACUGCAGGUGGAGAUGGCCAGCCCGGUGCCGGUGCAGUGCCCCAUCAGUCUGGACAGCCCGCCGCUGUGCCCGCAGAUCACCCCCUGCGGCCACAUCUUCUCCUUCCCCGCCAUCAUGCACCACCUGGUCAACCACGGCGGGGAGCAGCUCAGGCGCUCCGCCCCCUGCCCGCUGUGCUUCGCCCCGGUGGUGGCUCGGGAGCUGCGGCUGGUGCGGCUGGUGCGGCGGGCCAGCCACCGGGCGGGGGAGCAGCUCACCCUGGCGCUCAUCAGGCGCACCCGCAACAGCAUCAUCCCCCAGCUGGUGGACCCGGGCGCAGCCGCGGCGGCGGCGGCAGCGGCAGCAGCGGCGGCGGCGGCGGCCACUGCCGACGGUGGCGCGGUGCCGGCCGGCGGCGGCGAGGCGGCGACGUCGCUGUUUGACGCCAACCCCUUCGCCAAGUUCGUGGUGGUGCCGGGCGGCGGCGGCGGCGGCGCGGACGAGUUGUGGCGGGCGGCGGCGGAGCAGCUGGCGGCGUGCGCCAUGCAGCUGGUGUCCGAGGGCGGGCUGGACGCGGCUCAGGAGGCGCCCUUCGUGUACGGCGCACUGGAGCAGCUGGCGGGCAGGGCGCGACGCUGGGCGGAGCACCGGGCGGAGCUGCUGGCGGCGCGCGGGCUGCUGGCGGCGCGGGAGGGCGGCGCGGCGGAGCCGGCGGCGCUGGGCGCGGCGGCGGAGGCGGCAGUGAAGAAGAUGUUCACGGCGGCGGUGUCGGACGUCAACGCCGCGCGCGAGGCCGCCGCCGCAGCCGCCGUGCUGGAGGCGCAGUUCCCCAGCCUGGGUGGCGGGGGCGCCGCUGGCGGCGGUGGAGGCGCCGCUGCCGCAGGCCGCGACAGAGCCCCUGCCGCGCUCCCGCCUGUGCCUGUGCCGGGCAGCAGCCCCGGCCCCGCCGCAGCCGCGUCAGCGCCAGCCGGCUCUGGGCGGGCCGGCGCCGGCAAGGCCGCACCGCCGCUUCCGCUGCCGGCCGCCCCGGCACCGCCCGGCCGGCUGCGGCCGGUACCGGCGCCGGCACUGCCCGCGGUUGGCUCUGUGGAUGUAGAGGACGCGGCUGAGGGCGCGGCCGAGUCCGCGCUGCCCUUCGAGACCGCAUUCUCAGGAGACGAGCAAGACAGCCCCGGCGCCGCCGACGCCGAGGCGGAGCAGCGGCAGGGCGCCAGCCCCCACCGCUUCUCGGGCGGCGGAGCCACCGCCUCCGGCGCCGCAGGCGCCGUAGGCGCCGCCGCCGCCGCUGGCGGCACCGACGGCGACGAUGUGGGCUCCGCCUCCGCCGGCGUGUUGGGCACCUCCGCCUCCAGCUCCGUGGCGCUCAUGGGGGAGCCGGGCGCGGCGGGAGGCGGCGGCGGCGGCGGCGACUCGUCGGGCCUGCUGGGCAGCUCUCCGGGCGGUCGGCUGCUGAACACGCCGGGGGCGGCGGGCGAGUUCUACACCUACCAGGCGCUGGACGGCUCCUGGGUGUUCCUGCACCCGCUCAACCUCAGGUGCCUGCUGCACCACUACGGCUCCUACGCCGCCUGCCCGCCGCUGCUGAGUGGGCGGCUGCUGGAGCUGGAGGACGCGGUGCAGGGCGAGGCCAGCCGCCGCCGCUGGCGAUUCCUGGCGCACCUGCCGCUCACAGGCGCCUUCCGACUCUGCGAGCUGGCGCUGGGGGAGCUGCUGCCGCCAGAGUCGCUGGCGCCCUUUGCGGAGGAGCUGGCGGCGCGGGAGAAGCGGCGCCGCCGCCAGCGCGCGGACGACCGACGCCAGGCGGCGGCGGAGGCGGCGGCAGCGGCGCGCGCGGCGGCGGCGCGGGUGGGCCCCAGUGCGGAGGAGCUGCAGGCCAUGCCGUCUCUGAACCAGGUCGCGGGCGGCGGCGGAGGAGGAGGCGGGGGUGGUGGCGCCACGGCGGCAGGGAAUGCGCUGGUGGCGGCGGCGGCGGCCGCGGCGGCGGCGCUGGCUCGUGACACGGGCUUGUCGGCGACCGAGGUGGCGGAGAGCAUCGCGCUGGAGGAGGCAGCGGCGGCCGCUGCGGCCGCCGCCGGCGGCGCUGCCGGCUCGGCUGGCGGCGGCAAUGGCGCGGGGGUGUCGUUCGCGCGCAUCACCAAAAUGGGAUUCGCCGCUACUGGCCCCGUGCUGGGCGGCGGCAGCCCGCCACUGGGCGGCGGCGGUGUGCCGGCGCCGGCGCCCACGCCCGCCGGUGCCUGGGGCGCCCGCGCUGCCGCUAGCAGCACGCCUGUGGCCUCGGGACCCAAGAGCAGCGGCAGCGGCAGUACCUUUGGCGGGGGCGGCGCCGGCAGUAGCAUCAGCCCAUGGGGUGGGCUGGGCGCUGCUGCUGCUGCUCCGGCGGCGGCGGUGGGUGUCUGGGGCGCUGGCGGUGGGGUCAAGGGGCCCAUUGCCGCGGCUGCAGCCGCUGGCACCAAGACGGCGCCGGACGCCACUGGUGCCGGCGACACACCAGGCGGCGGCGGCGGCAAGAAGGGCGGCAAGGGCGGGAAGGGCACCCUGCUGUUCAGCACUGGCGCCCCGCAGCGCAAGUAUUGAGGCGGGGUGAUGAAACUACGUAUGGAGGGUUGUGAUUUUGCUGUCGCCCAUUCGCAUGUUAGCUGCUUACGCACAUCGCUUUGACAGGUGUGCCGUAUGCACGGGAUUGAAGGCAUUGCGGUGGUCUUGGGCGUAAUUUGAGACAGAUCGCCGGUGCAUGCCAGCAAGUCGGGACUUUGGAGUAUUAGUCGCGGGACUGCAGCAGGUCGCAGCGCGCCGACGUGGCGGUCUCAGGCACCAGAGCCGCGCGACAGGAGCUCAUACCAGGCGCUAAUGAGUUGUGACGGUAACGCCAUCUGGGUUAUAUGCAUUGGCGAUUGGGCAGUCGAUGCGGGGCCGGCAUGUGUGUGUGUGGGGUGGGCGUGUGAGUAGCGGGCGCGGGGGCAGUGUGUUGGGAUGAGGUUGCCGGUUGCCUCCAUUGCUCCGGGGGGUAACGCUGUGUCGCGCUGUGUAGCACUGCUGGGGCGGUGCCUGCAAGUUUGCGGCGCGUGAGGGACGGCACACGUCACGAGCAGUGGACGCAGUAACGCAUCUAAGGGGCGUCAUGGCGCAGGUGCAGGUGUGGACGGGACGGGGUGCGGCCGGGUGCGUGUGGGGCGACAAGUCCCUCCCCAAAUAGGUGGGAGUGCGCCUAGCCUGCGUGCAGAGGUUGCGAGUCACUGCUCGCCUGUGGUUUAAAUUGCCAGCAGCGCAGACGCUCGAUGCUGAUCUGGGUUGAGACCUCAGUCGCCUCAGGAAGCGCUGGUCAGCUGAACACACGACGAGGGCGGGGGGAUGGCCAACCAACAGCCGCAACUCCGCAAGCUGCACUUUGCAUUGGAACUUUGUGCGGGCAAGUAACAUGUGCAAGUGAGAUGCGGGCUACUAUCACGAUGGUCUGGACUCAUUGGGGUGACCCGUGCGACCCGUGCACCCACGCACAAGUGCAUUCAGCCCUGCUGAGCCCAGUCGCGGGAGUUGGGCCUUGCGGGUUGCAGCCCUGCGCAUGUGAGAAGGCCACCUGGGCAGUGCUGCUGAGAUUGCCAACUUCAUCUCGAGUAUUG